GGAGGCUGCUAUAGUACGUUAAUUAGCACGUGCCAGCAGACUUUAUUAAUCCAGCAAACAUCCAGCAAGUUUAUAGGUAGCUUUCCAAUUUUGAAAACAGCUAAAGAAGCUGUGAAAUAAGAGACCAAGACAAAUGAACACACAGCAAAAUUGCCCAAAGAAAGGUUAGUUUGAUUAGGAGAACAUCAACACCAUUAAAAAGGAGAGAGGAUUGUUAACAUCUCUGGAGUGAAGAACAAUGAGCCAUUAAGUCAGUUGACUCCUUCAGUAGCCUGAAUAUAGAUUUCCCUCACUUUAUGCUGUAUAUGCGUUCCUGGAAAGCAGUGCAUAACUCGAAUUCGCAUAAAGGGAACCCACUUUACAAUGUAACAAAUAGGGAUAUGUUCCAAGACCUUGACUGUACUGACCCCCAGAUCCAUUUCUAUCACUUUCGCAAAACAAUUUUUGUACUCACCAACAGCAGACAGUACACACAAGCACUGAGCACUAUCAUAAUGGGGAUGGGAACUACAGAAACACGUGUUGCAGAUAACGAGCAAGGAGAACAGCCACACAGGAGCCUAUAUUUUGGUGCUUGUCACUCCCACAGUGCUAUGCACAAAGCAGCUGACUGCGGGUUUCCACCACACAGAUCGCAUAAGAGUGAAUUUACCUUGCAUAUAACGAAUUGUUGGUAUAAAAAGGGUCAUCGCGUAAGAGCGAAUUCGCACGUACAGAACCCACAAAAAAUGAGGGAAACCUGUAGUAAUACUCAAGUUGCUACACUGUGGAGCAGAAUCACAGUAGGGUGCUUGUAUCUCCAGCCAGAAACAUAGCUUUUUUGCUUAAAACGUACCCCAAUGGGGGGUCUGAUUUUUUGGGUAAAAGGUGUAUGUCGUGUUUGAGAAAGUAUGGUAAUUUCAGUAAAUUAGUGUUUAUAGUACCAACUGGCCCUUUUAAUAUGUGAAAGCAAAGUGCAAGAGAUCAAAAAUCAAAUGUCUGCAUAUUUUUGGUUUUUGAAAUAACAUAUGUACUUUAUUGUUGCAAACCUAACAUUUGUUAAACUACCUUUUACCAUAAAAUGCAUACAGCAUACUGAUCAUAUAAAUUUGUAUACUGUCCAGUAAAAUUGUAGUGGCAUUUAAAAUAUCAUUUUGGGUAAAGAAAGGUACAAAUUAAUAGCAAUUGAUAGAGGAUCGUUCAUGGUGCAUUGUUGUUAUGAAAUCUGCAUGAUCAACCCAACAGUGUCUCAUUUCUCAUCUGCUUAUAGCCACAUCCGUAAAACUUAACUGUGGACCAAAAAGUUUCUCUUUGUAAAUGUUGAAGCAAGAUAGCCAUCCACAAGACAUCUUAGAAUAUGAAUUUUGAUAAUGACAAUUCAAGAAAAAAGAAGUGGGGCUUGCUGGUUACUGGUGUUGUUGGUGGGACACUGGUAGCACUCUAUGCUGUUGCCACUCCCUUCAUAACUCCAGCUCUGAGAAAAAUUUGCCUGCCUUUUGUUCCUGCAACUUCAACUCAGAUUGAAAAUGUUCUGAAAAUGUUACAAUGCAGAAAUGGAUCUCUGGUUGACAUUGGUAGUGGAGAUGGACGAAUUGUGAUAGCAGCUGCAAAAGAAGGAUUCAGAGCUGUUGGUUAUGAAUUAAAUCCCUGGCUAGUCUGGUACUCCAGAUACUGUGCUUGGAGGGAAGGUGUGCAUCAUGAUGCCAAAUUUUACAUUUCAGAUUUAUGGAAGGUUAGAUUUUCCCAGUAUACAAAUGUUGUUAUAUUUGGGGUACCUCAGUUGAUGCCACAGUUGGAGAAAAAGCUUGAAGAUGAACUCGAGCACGAUGCCAGAGUCAUUGCCUGCCGCUUUCCUUUUCCGCAUUGGAUGCCAGAUUAUACUACUGGUGAGGGAAUAGACACUGUGUGGGCCUAUGAUUCAAAAAAUUUUAAAGGAAGUGAAAAGAGAUACUCAGAGACUCUGCCAAUUAUGCAUUCCUCAUAAUAAAGUCAGGUUAAAAAGUG